UUUGUGUAUUUGAAAUAGUUUACAGACAAAAUCUUGUUUUAAAAAUCAUUCAUUUUAUAAGUAUUAUUCACUUGAAUAUAUUUUGGGUAAAGGAAACAUUUCGCUUUAUCUGAAUAUUGAAUGUAUUUAUAACUAGUAUUGAUUAACACAUUUUUAUCUCAAAAAAUCACUGUUAUAGAUAGUAUAUUUGUCUAUGUAUGACAAAGUUAUGUUAAAUAAAAUUUGAAUCUAAAUAAUUAUUUGGGAUUAAGUUUUUACAAAUAAAUUUUAGUAAAAUUUGAUCAUGUUCAUGAAGUUUAUGGUAUUUUGGGAUACUUGUUGAUUAGAAUCAUCUAGAAAAGUAAUACAAGUCCAAAGGGUACUAAAUAGAUCUUUCCACUAUGAAGUAUUGAUUGUAAGUCAAUCAUAUAGUAGUUGAAGUAGUCAUACAUUCUGACACUGAAUUAUCAUCAUAUCAUAUAACUAACUAACCUAAAUUAGAUAUAUACGUUUGUCUCGGGCUCAUUGCCUUUGAUGUAGUAUUUUUGACAAAAACAUUCAAAGUAGUACGUUUUGUUUUGUAUGUAUUCAUUGGUUCAUAUUUCUGUAAACUCUUAGACAAUUCCAAAGCAGCCAUUUUAGUCUCCCUAGUCUCCAGAUGGUGUUAGUUUUUAGUGAAUUUAAUGGUUAUCAUAUAAAUGUUCACAACAAAAUAAAUAUUCUACUAUUUUAAUUAACGCAUUAAUACUAAGAUAAUGGACUUCUAAAUGAAAUUGUUUUUUCAAAUUAUCUAUCAAUUUAUAUUAUACGCUACUUAUUUUUGUCGACAUAAAUAGCAUGUAAUACCAAUCAGAAGUAAAACGCCUGGCAGCAAAAGGUUGAGAAGAUCGAAUUGAAUAAAACAGAAAUUUAAUCAGAUCGUAAUUGUAGUAAAAACAGGAAUGAAUGAACGAUGAAGUCUGGAAGAGACAAUUGUUGGAAGAUGUACAAAUAAAGGAUUUAAUGCAUGGUACUUCAAAUUUUACCAAGGCACUCUAUAAUUUUGAAUCACAGGAUAAAUUAGUUUUUCCCACCUGAGAUCCCAUUCACUACAAUACGACUGUGCUAUGAAUAAUGAAAAUAAAAUUUAGGAGAAAAAAUAAUAAUUCAACCUCACAAUCUUACAAAUUCCUAGUAUUGUUAUACUAUGAGGUUGCUAAAAGCGAUACUAACAUCAGAUAUAUAAUCAAAAAAGCCUAUGUAUUUCAAUGGAUUCACAAUUACUAAUAGCAAUCACUCGCCUGUAUAAAUUGACCAUUUCAAGAGCUUCAGAAACAAUCGUUAUGUAAAUGUGACCUAGAAGUUAUUAUUUUGAAAGUAUUCUGCAAAUAAAUAAUGCUUAUUAUCAAUUUAGGCUUUUGAUCUAUGAGUAAAUAAAAUUAUAUGGUGGCGAGCAUAGUUACUCGUUAAACCAAAUGUUUGGACAAAUAUUUCUAAAUAAUUUAUUGAUUACAUGUAAGCAUUUCAAAUUUUUACCAAACAAGUGAAAAUUAUCUAUGUCUGUUUUGCAAAAGAAUGCCGUUUUCAAUAUUACUACAGAUCAAUUUCAAUAUGAUAUUAAUUAUGAGCAACAUUCUUUAUUUAACAAUCAUUAUAGCUAUGCAGCAUAUUGUUAAUAUUCGGCCAAUUACUGGUGAAGUCAUCAUUGGCAGACCAUAUGAAAUGGUUUGUGAAGUUGAACCGCCACCGGAAGAGCCAAUUAGUUUUGUAUGGUAUCAUAAUGCCAAGGUUGUGCAUCGUGAAGCAUCAUUACGUUUGACUUCAUUGUCGUACCGUGAUAUAGGUAUGUAUAUAUGUCGAGCUGAAUGGACACCAAGAUAUUCACGUACUUCUAUAUCAGCCAAUGCAACAGCUGAAUUAAGUUUGGCAUUGACACGAGAAACAAAAAUUGAAAUGAGUCCUCCACCUGGUUCAGUUAUGGUUUCUUUGCCUGGAGAAACACGCGAACUUCACUGCGAAUUUCCUGUAGCUAAUCCAAGAGAUGUUAGGUGGUAUUUUGAAAAUCAAUUAUUAGAGAAUCAUCCAACUAUAAACGCUACAGGAAAAAUAUUUCGUAUCGAUCGUUUAAGAGUAAGUAUUGUGACAAUUCGUGGCAUAGAAUAUGAUCAUGGAGGAACAUACGAGUGCAGAAUUGGUCGUGAUAUAAAACAAUCACAUUUAGUUGUUAGAGCUGAAGAAGGAUUAGAAAUCAAUCCAAAAUCAGAUACAGUUGAUGAAGGUGAAGCAGUAGAAUUUCAUUGUCGCGUACAUGGAAUGAAUGGUAACAUAAAUCGUCAAUUAGAAUGGUAUUAUAGACCAUUUUAUAGUUCGACACGUGUACGUCUUGAUGUUAAUACACCUGAUGGUUUUAUGCGUCAUGAUGAUCUAGUUGCUCAGCAUACCAGUUUUAUUAGUAAAAGCAGAGCACGUGUUGCUGAUCAAGGUGAAUAUAUUUGCAGACUACCAUCUCAAAAUGAAGAAAUUGUCGGAAAACUUUUUGUUAGAGCAGUACGAAGUUACAUAUUGACAAUCACACCUCAGAGAUUGACUGUUCGACCAUAUCAACCAGUAGAGUUUGAGUGUUUUGCUGCAUCUGAAGAUGGACAACCGGCUCCAUUUACUCCACGAUUUCGAGUUAGAGAUUCAAGAAUCAGUUUCGAAACUACACGUGUCAGUGAAAACCGUGCAAGAUUUGUGCUGCAACGAGGAUUAGGUCCAGAUCAAAAUGGAACGAUUGUUGAAUGCCUUUCAGAUGAACCAAGUAAACCGGUAACAGCAAUAAUUACAGUUGAAGAUAUCUGCCCAGAUGGUUCACGUCGCUGUCGUUCCGGUCAGUGCCUACCAGCUGGAAGAUUCUGUGAUGGAGUGAGGGAUUGUGAUGAUGGUUCAGAUGAGGAUCCUAAGAUGUGCAAUAUUUGUGAUCCACUUUCAAGAAAAUGUGAAUAUUAUCAAGGAAAGGAAUCGACAGUAUCAACAUUUAUGGUACAUUGGACUUGUGAUGGUGAAAACGAUUGUGGAAAUGGUUUUGAUGAAUCAAAUUGUGAAGCACGAGCUUCAGAACGUUGUCAAGAUCGAAUGUUUAGUUGUAGACGAGAUGGUCGUCAAAUUCCAAUGGCUUUUGUAUGUGACAAGGAUCGAGACUGUAGUGAUGGUGAAGAUGAAUUAACUUGUGCUCCGCCAAUGAUUGCCGAACCACGUACUACACGUUAUUCUGUUCGUAGAGGUGAUACUGUAGUUCUUGUUUGUGAAGUCACAGGCAAUCCUGUACCCUAUGUGAUAUGGCGCUUCAACUGGGGAUGUCUUCCUGAGGAACCUGGUCGUUUUAGAAUAAGCAAUGUGCCCAGAAACUGCAAUGCACCAAUGCCAACUGUUGUGAGUACCCUGACAAUUUCAAAUGUAAGACCAGGAGAUGAUGGAAUUUAUAACUGUGAAGGUCUUUCAGGAGCUACUCGAGCGUUAUCCAAUGACUUAGUUGUCAUGAUCGGAGGUUAACUAAUUUGUCAGGUUUCAUGAAAAGGCGAUAACAACUUCCAAUAAAAAAACAUUGAAUUCAUUUAAAUAAAUAAAAAGAGACAUUUUAGAAGUGUUUUGUUUUUAGUUAAUAAUAUUCCCCUUCAAUUUGAAUUCGUUCUAUUCUUUUCAAAAAAUAAUGAAGUAAACAAUUUAAACAAACAAUUUUUCAAAGUAUUUAUAAAUAAACAAACAUUUAGUUAUAUUCAAAAAAAGUUAUUUAUUUUACAUAUUUAUUUAUCAAUUAUUAUAUGAAAAUUAAAUGUUCAAAUCAUAAACAAUACUAUAAUUCAAUGAACAGUUCAAUAUUCAAUUAUAAAUUGCAUUUAAAAAAACAGUUUUAAUUAAUCACAUCUAGUAAUUUUACAUUUCCAGAUAUAAUAUUGAUAAUUGUACUGCCAGUUUAUUUUCAUUAUUUAAAGAAAACCAACAAUAACAACAAUAAUAAAAGGAAAAUAAUUCAAAUUUGUAUUGAAUAUGAAUGAUUUCUAUGAUAAACUAAUAGAAUUGUUUAAUGUCAAAGAUUUCAAUGAAUAAUUGGUAUAUAUUCUUCAAUAUGGUGUUUUAUUUUAUUUUUUUCAGCUUAAUAAUGAUAUAAAUUGAGUUAUUAAUCUUAAUUUAUUAUAAUGGUAUUUUAGAAAUAUUUAUGCUUAAAAAUAUUUUUUCUCAUGUUUAAAUAAAAAUGCUAAUAUUUCUUUGAA